AGUCAUGUCUCAGUCUGGAACUUGUUUUUAGUUCUUGUGGUUGUAUAAAAUGGUUAAAAUAAUAAUAGCAGUCUUUUUAACGUUUCUCGCAGAUGCACAUUCUAUAAGAACUAUUUUUGAAGAUAUCGAAGAAUAUAGAAUAGAACUUUUUAAGAAUGUUUCAAUGCCAUCGUACACGACUGACAGUUUAUUAAAAUUAGAAAAAGAAGAUUCUUGCGCCUUAUACAUACCACUUGUACCAGAUGUUAGGGGCUUGGAAACUGUUAGUGAAAUUAAAUGUAAGAAAUAUAUGUGGGAUCUUAAAAACCAGUUAUUGGAGGAGGAUCAACGGGAAAGAUGUGAAGUUCAAAAAACAUUAGCAACAUAUAUACCCGAACAACUUUAUGAUGGUAACACUCCUGAAAAAUUUGUAGGAUAUGGUCGGGAAGCGCAAUACGCUGAGUUCCCACACAUGGGUGCUGUCGGUUGGCGCUGUAAGGAUACCGCCAAGGAAUGGGUGUUCAAAUGUGGCAGCAGUCUCAUUAGUGACAAGUUCCUCCUGACGGCAGCACAUUGUACCAAGUUGUCUCCGCGAUUUGUAUCUGACAUUGUCAAUGGCGAUCCAGAAGUUGUUAAGUUGGGCGUUGAAAAUAUUUUAGAUGAUGUCGGAAACGAGGGAAGGCAACCAAAAAUUGCUAAAAUUGUAAAUAUCAUCGUCCAUCCAGAAUACAAGUCACCUAAGAAAUACAAUGAUAUAGCAUUAUUAGAAGUAGAUCAAGCUAUAGCAUUUACUGAAUUCAUCAAACCUGCUUGUAUUUGGCCUCACAAAGAUAUGUCACUUGUUGGGAAAAAGGUAACCCUCACUGGAUGGGGAGAGACUGAAACAGGUCAACCGGCUACAAUCCUACAAGCUGGAGAUGUAGAAAUUCUAGAUACUCACACUUGCGACAAUAUACUUAAACCAUUCCACAAUCGGAACUGGCAUGGUUUUACGGACAACCAAAUGUGUGCUGGUAAACCAGGAGGACGUGUUGAUACCUGCAAGGGAGAUUCUGGAGGUCCGUUGUCAAUAAGGCUUGAGGGCUAUGAUUACAUAUCCUUACAUUUGGUGGUUGGUGUUACAUCGUUUGGCAUUCAAUGCAGUGUACGGGACCGGCCGGGCGUCUACACUCGAGUCGCAAGUUACGUCAACUGGAUAGAAAAACAUGUCUGGAAUUACACUUCAAAAUUUCCUUACGUUUGGCACGUCGUCGUCGUUCAAUAUAAUUAUUCAGUCUGUAACUGGUUCCUCAUGUUAGUUGUUGUAUCGAUUAUGAUUAACAUUCAUAUUUUGGCAUUGAUUUUAACAUACAUAAUCGAUGCAGGGCACUUUGUUUGCAAUGCAGAAACAUCAAAACGAACUAUAUUCGACGACCUGGAAGAAGAACGUGAAAAACAAGAGAAUAUCAUAAAUGUCUUAUUUGAAGACUACGGAAAAAACGAAGACAAUGAUCCUUGUGAACCUUUCACACCACUUGAGCCCGAUGUCUCUAAACUUACAACUUUGAGUGAAGCAAAAUGCAAGGAAUAUGUUUGGCGCCUGAAGAGUCAACAACAAAGAAACAUCAAAGCAUGGCACUGUCACAUGCAGGAACUUUUUCAGAAUCCUCAAAAUAAUACAAUGGAAAUAAAAAAUGGCUAUUUAGCUGAAUUGCCCAUUAUCUACGGGGGCCACGAUGUUGAAAUAGCUCAGUUUCCUCACAUGGGAGCAGUCGGUUGGCGCUGUAAAGAUACCGCUAAGGAAUGGGUGUUCAAAUGUGGUGGCAGCCUCAUAAGUGACAAGUUCCUCCUGACGGCUGCACAUUGUACCAAGUUGUCUCCACGAUUUGUGUCUGACAUUGUAAACGGGGAUCCAGAAGUCGUGAUGUUGGGCGUUGAAAAUAUUUCGAACACUGUGGGAAAAAAAACUCGAAGACCAACAAUAGUUAAAAUAAAGAACAUCAUCGUACAUCCAGGAUACAAGGCGCCGAAGAAAUUUGAUGAUAUUGCAUUAUUAGAAGUCGAUACUCCAAUAGAAUUCACGCCUUUCAUAAUGCCAGCCUGUGUCUGGCCUCAUGCUGAUCAAUUGCCUAGUUCCACAAGUGAAAUAUCUAUUACUGGGUGGGGAACUACCGAAUCAGGUAAACCAUCUUCAAUUCUGCAAGCAGCUGAUGUCGAAUUUCUCGAUACAAUAAUCUGUGACGCUUUGCUGAGGCCAUUUUACAAUCGUCACUGGAAUGGUUUCACUGAUAAACAGAUGUGUGCUGGUAAUCUGGAUGGUGGAAUUGACACAUGUCAGGGCGAUUCCGGGGGUCCACUGCAAGUAAGACUCAAUAGUGGUCAAAUCGACUCGGCAAUCCAUAUGGUGGUUGGAAUCACAUCAUUUGGCUUCAAAUGUGGUGUCAGAAAUCAGCCAGGAGUAUACACUAGAGUAGCGAGCUACAUCGACUGGAUUGAAGAGCACGUUUGGAAUGGAACAAUAACCCAUUAGAUCUUUUUAAGUUAUGACUAUCA